CCUGCUCCCUCUGCUAUGACCUUGACAGCGUCUGCGCUCUGCUCCUCACUCCUGGUGGGAGAAAGCAGCGGGGUGGACUGCGCCCUCUCUCAGAUUCCAGCCCGGUGUGCAUGGGGACCGCCAGGUCACCCGAGCCUCCUCCUCAGCAGGGGUGGACCCGGGGCGGCGCCCCGGCCUCCCGCACCCCGGGGGAGGGAGGAGCCGCCGGGCCCAGGCCCAGGCGGGUGGGGCCGCCCCCGGUUGAAGCUCUGCGGGAAGCAGCGACUGCUGUUGAGCAGGAGAAGGAAGUCCUCUUGGAGAUGAUCCACAGCAUCCAGAACAGCCAGGACAUGAGGCAGAUCAGUGACGGAGAACGGGAAGAGUUAAACCUGACUGCGAACCGUCUGAUGGGACGAACCCUCACCGUUGAAGUUUCGGUAGAAACAAUCAGAAGCCCGCAGCAGGAAGAGUCCCUAAAACACGCCACGCAGAUCAUCAAUGACGUGCUCAGUAAGUUCCUGGAUGACCUGGCCAACGCCAAGAGUCACUUAAUGUCGCUGUACAGCGCGUGUUCCUCUGAGGUGCCACCCGGGCCGGUGGAUCAGAAGUUUCAGUCCAUAGUGAUUGGUUGUGCUCUUGAGGAUCAGAAGAAAAUCAAGAGAAGACUAGAGACUCUGCUUAGAAAUAUCGAGAAUUCGGACAAGGCCAUCAAGCUGCUGGAGCAUUCGAAAGGCAUCGGCUCCAAAGCUCUGCAAGCAAAUGCCGAGAGCAGGCUGAAUUAGUCCUCGAGCGUGCAGGCCAGAGGGUCGUGUAAGGGUGACAGGAUGCUACUGAUGCUCUGUUAGGUGUCACCGCUGAUAGGGUACUGCAGAUGAGGAAGCUACUGCCGUGUCAGGGUGUUCCGGCUCAAUUAAAACUAGUAUUUUAAUUAUAUGGACUUUUUAGACUGAAUUCUUGCCUCGCACUAGGACCUGGCUCUACAUAUUUUCUGUUUUGUAGAUGCGCACAUUACGUGAAGGAAGGGAGGGCUCGGCGGCUCCCAGGGCCUGGGGCCAAGCGUGCAGGGUGCCUAGAGGGCUCAGGGAUAAUGGCAGCCCCUCCCACACGCUCCCACUCAGUGUUUUUCGGUGUCUGUGCUGGAUUAUUUUGAAGCUAAAGAUUUAUGCAUCUCCUAAUAUAUUUUUACAUACUUGGACACUAGGCAUACAACAGGAGAAAGUCACCUUCAGUUUUACCAGUGUGAUUAAUUACAUAUCCACUUUGUCUCUCAAAUGCACUCUUCUGAAAUUUCUAUGUUA